AUGCCGACGUCAAAUGCUGCUGAAACGCCUUCUCAUCUAGUAAAAGAGAAGUCAGCUGUAUCCUAUACGUACGACAACCUCACCGGGUGGAAGAGCGUGCGUGUCCUUCGAAUCGGAAGGGGAAUGUAUCACGAUGUUCGGAGACGCCUUCCCUAUUACUGGAGCGACAUUCGAGAUGCGUGGACAUAUAGAACCGUUGCGAGCAUCAUUCGCAUGUAUUUCGUGAACAUACUCCCGGCCAUAGCCUACACCCUUGAUAUGUACCGGAGAACUGGACAGUUUUAUGGUAUUAACGAAGCGCUUUUCUCUUCCGCCCUGGCGGCGAUGGUGUUCAGUAUCCUUGCAGCGCAGCCUUUGACCAUCGUCGGCAUUACGGGGUUGAUAUCAUUGUUCAACUACACGGUAUAUGAUAUCAUACAUAUCUAUGAGCCCUCAAUUUACCCCCAAUUUAUGUGCUGGGUGGGCAUCUGGGGCGCUAUCUUCCACUGGAUCGUUGCAUUAUGCAACAUAUGUGACUAUAUGCGCUAUGUGACGGAUUUCUCAAGUGAGACAUUCGGCUUUUAUGUCGGAACCAUUUACAUCAGCAAGGGUGUGGAGGAGCUUAUCAAUGAGUUCACAAGCAAAGGGCCUGUCGCUGGUUUUAUGAGCUGUGUGAUCGCAAUCCUCUAUUUCUUGACUAUCUACAGCCUAGAGACGAUUGGAUCCAGUAAUGUCUGGAAGCCUGUUUUUCGAGGAUUGCUGGCGGACUAUGCAUAUGUGAUCGGCACAAUCUUCUGGGUUGGAUUUUCGCACAUUCCCGGUCCGCUCAAAUCGGCGGAUAUAUCCCGUGUUCCCAUCAGCAAAGCAUUUUAUCCAACGCAGGCGCGGGGUUGGCUAAUUCAGUUUUGGGAACUGGACGCCAAAUGGGUUUUCGCAGCGCUGCCGUUUGGAUUCCUUGUCAUGUUGCUCUUUUACUUUGAUCAUAACGUCAGCAGUCUGACGGCACAGGCACGGCAAUUUCCACUAAAAAAGCCCGCGGGGUUCCAUUGGGACUUCUUCCUCCUUGGGUGUACGACAUUUAUUGCGGGCAUUAUCGGUAUUCCGUUCCCUAAUGGAUUGGUUCCACAGGCACCUGUACACACAGAUUCCUUGACGAUUUAUGAAACCGAUCUUUGCAUUGUGUCAACCGAGGAAGGAGAAGGUUCCGAAAUUCGCCGCUCGAUAGUCAAGGCCACUGCGGUGGUAGAACAACGUGUGUCGCAUUUUGUCAUGGGACUAGCGAUUAUUGGUACUAUGACGGGCCCCAUCUUGAUAGUCCUCCACACUAUGCCUGCUGCGGUCUUCGCAGGGGUGUUCUUUAUCGUCGGAUGGGGUUCCAUUGGAUCCAGCGGCAUCGUGCAAAAAGCGAUUUACUUAAUGCUAGAGAAUCGUUUCAUACAGCGUGACGAACCUCUUCUGAAAGUGCGGAACCACAAGAUUCUUGUGUGGAUUGUGUGUCAACUUACUGGAAUCGCGGCCUGCGUCGCCAUCUCCCAAACAAUCGCUGCUAUAGGUGUGAUCCUUCCUUUACAUGGGCCUCUCCAGAGUGACUAA